UGUAUUUCUUUUUUGUUCCUGGCUCUUGAUUUCACAUUCUUCUUCUGCUGUUACACAUUAUCAGAGGCGAUAUAUAUAUAUCUAUUAUUACCUUUGUGGUAGAUCCAGGUUGAGAAGAUUAUAUCUAUUUAUUUUAGAAGAUUUUGCGAUAAAAAGAGCUCGGCGCUUAAGGAUCAACCCCGCGCUAGGAUAAUUACGUCCAGUUAAGAGGCAGCGCGAUGGGAUCGGACACGCUGACGGAGAAGAUCCAUGCCGCUACGAGAGCGCAGCAUAAAACCCUCAACCGUUUGAUUACCGCCCGUCUGCCCCUCAGUCUGCCACCGCAUGCCAACAGCACUCAGCUAUAUGCGUUGGGUCUAUCGCGCAUCGCAGAGGUAUAUUAUGCUUUCGAGAGGACAUGGCUACGACAGAUGAACGCCUCUGACCAGCUGGCGGAGGCUGUAAGAGAGGACUACGAUGUACUCGGCUCCUUUGUCAAUGAUAAUGCAGGUCGCAUCAGGAAUGUCCUUCGUCAGGUCUACCUCCCGAAAAUCCUCAGAAGUAGAAGGCUACGAUCAGAUCUGCGCGCGCUGCGGUUUGGCGGAAGUGCAGAAUCGAAGCAUGGCGAGGCUGGAAAGAAUACGACAAGACGGCCACAGACAGCCGUGGAAGCUUUCGUAUCGCACAUCGAACGUACCCUUUCCAGCAAACCGCACGUUAUCCUAGCCUACGCAUGGCUCAUGUACAUGGCCCUCUUCAACGGCGGGCGCUGGAUCCGCGAUCGCCUCAUCGAAGGCGGCCCUGCUUUCUGGACCGAUAUCACAAACGCAUCAUCGCGACAGACUUGCCCUCUUUCCCAGAAACACCACCGUACACACCUCACCGAGUCGUACCUCUCGUUUUGGAGCUUCGAUAGUGAUCAGGAUGGCGAAGACAUUAAACUCGAGUUCAAGAAACGCAUGGACGUCGCCGGAGAUCUCCUCACAGAAGUGGAACAGACCCAGGUCAUUGCAGAAGCUGUGGAGAUCUUCCAUCGACUCGAGCAGAUCAUCGCUGAGAUCGAUCUCGAUAUUGCGCGUGGAGCCUACCGUGAUAGUCGCGUUCUGCAGCCAUCUGAUCACCUCGCAUCCGGCUCUCUCACCCUGUCUCUUCUUCCGCAGAGCAUUGCCAGACACCAAGCGCCCCCGCGCAUGUACAUCCGUCCACUUCUUGUUGGCGUGGCUGGUCUGCUGGGCGGUAUAUGUGCCUGGCUUUGGCGUGUGAAUGCGGAUGCAGUGCAAUGGAGCUACCAUGUCUGGGCUGGUGAAGAUGAUCUAGUCGAGUAUGCUGGACAGGGAUCUACCUUUUCUUCUUUUACGGAUUGAUCAUUUCGGUGAAUUUGGCUGGAUUACUCAAGCGAUUAUCUAUAUUCUUUCUUUUCGUCGUCUCUGGUUAGACUUGUGUGUGAGGGUUGUAUGAUACCCCUGGCUAUAUAUGCUAAAUUUGUGUUUCUGCUAUCCAUCGGCAGCGAUGAAGCAUCGCAUGGCGUUGAUUGAUUCUCUUACUAUUAGGUCAUAUCUAGAUCAUUUUUACGAAAUCAAUAUAUUAUAUUGUACAGUACUU